AUGGGAAAAAACGGGAAUUUUCAAGCCAAACCCACAAAAAAAACUAUGCCCCCUAUUGUAAUCGACGGUAAGACCAAGAAUCAAUCCUCACCCAUAAGAGAUCUCAAACAACAGGUAAAAGGAGAAUUCAGUGUGAAACACACGAGUGCUACUACAAUUAUCUUCGUAGACGACAGAGAAGAUCACAGUAGAGUGAUUAAUAACAUAAAGAGCGAUAACAUUCCCUAUCACACAUAUACAGCCAACGCAGAUAAGUCUCACGCUUUCGUGCUGCGAGGACUAGCAGAUGGCACGAAAAUUGAGGAUAUCGAGAAUAACCUAGAAGAAGAACACGAAAUAAAAGCUAGGUCCAUAUUCCAAAUGAAGACCAAGGACAGGCCCCUAUUUUUGGUAGUGACUGAUCCUGCGAUCACCCUAGAAUAUUUGAACAAGAACGCGAGAAGAGUCCUUUACACUAGGGUGACGUGGGAACUACGAAAGUCAAUGAAGCAAAUAAUACAAUGCCACAACUGCCAACAAUGGGGGCACGCUACGUCCAACUGUGAGCAUAUAAAAGCCAAAACCAGAAGACAGAUAAAUCUCACAGUAAGUAAAGCUACUUUAGUGGGACUAACAUCCAUAAACUCUGAACUGAGUAGCCCUGAACUCGGUGAAUCUUCAUCCCAAUCUUCAAAUAAUGCUGCAAAGAUAGACACAAAUGCACCAGACAUUGGCACUAGGACAUCCACUGACUGUAAUCCAACUUCCAUUACUAAUACUGACAUUCCAGCCACAGUGCAACAUAAAAUAAACAAUUUCCACACUGAUUACACAACAUCUGAAGAUGAAAGGGGUGCAAGAGGACAUCUUCCAGUAGGUGAUUGGUACCUACCCACUUCGCCUAACAGCUCAUGGAAUCUGAGGGAAAAUUCUAAGCAAACCCAAAACAUGGAAAUAGAUAAACCUCAAGAACAAAAUAAACAACACGACCUGCCUUUUCAAACGCCCAGGAAAUUCAGUUCGAAUUUUCAAAGGCUAAUCAGAGAAAAAACCAAGCAGACAAUGACCUCCACCAGUAACAAGUACUUACCACUCUCUGAUGAGUCAGAUUCCGACCUAGAUGACGAGAUCGGUAAAAUAGUGAAGAGGAAAAGGAAAAACACGCCGAAAGACGGCAACACAGCCAGUAAAAACUCAGAAAACCAGCCAACACAAACCACAGCCCCAGCAACUACCAAAAAGGCCCCACAAAAUAAAACUACCCCAGCCAACAACCCGAAAAAACCAACAAUGCCCCGAAUUGUUGAGUCUAACAUAAAAGAGUAUAACACAGUAGAAACUCUUAUAAACGUACUGGAAAAGUCAGCUAGCUCCUCAUCAGAAGAUGAUGUAGAAAUGAACACUACAGUAGUUCCUAAAACAAUUAAAGAAUCCGGUGAAUUAGAUCAGAGCACCUCAAACUUCUACUCUGAAUACCAAAGAGAACAAAUGCCUAAAAGACCGGUAUCCAAACAAAAAUCCACGAUGCCGCCUAUAGUAAUAGACGGCAAGACAGCCAACCCUAACCAGCUAAUUGCAGACCUAAAGGCCAUAGUACAAGGAGAAUUUAGUGUCAAGCACACCAACAGAACUACUAUUCUCUUUGUAGAAGGCAAGGACGACUACGAGAAGGUACUCAGCAACGUAAAAAAUGAGAAAAUGGCUUACCACACGUAUACCGCCAGUAGCGACAAAUCGCACGCAUUUGUGCUUAGAGGCCUGGCAGAUAACACAAAAAUACAAGAUAUUAAGGAAGAUCUUGAAGAAGAUCACGAAAUUAUUGCGCGAGAAAUCUACGCAAUGAAAACCAAAGAACGUCCCCUCUUCCUGGUGGUAACAGACCCAGUCAUCACUCUGGAGUAUCUGAACAAGAACAUUAGAAGAAUCUUACACACCAGAGUGACCUGGGAAAUCAGAAAAUCUGUCAAACAAAUCAUUCAAUGCCACACGUGCCAGGAGUGGGGGCAUGCAACAGCAAAUUAGCAUAUAAAAGCCAAAACCAGAAGACAGAUCAAUCUCACAGUAAGUAAAGCUACUUUAGUGGGACUAACAUCCAUAAACUCUGAACUGAGUAGCCCUGAACUCGGUGAAUCUUCAUCCCAAUCUUCAAAUAAUGCUGCAAAGAUAGACACAAAUGCACCAGACAUUGGCACUAGGACAUCCACUGACUGUAAUCCAACUUCCAUUACUAAUACUGACAUUCCAGCCACAGUGCAACAUAAAAUAAACAAUUUCCACACUGAUUACACAACAUCUGAAGAUGAAAGGGGUGCAAGAGGACAUCUUCCAGUAGGUGAUUGGUACCUACCCACUUCGCCUAACAGCUCAUGGAAUCUGAGGGAAAAUUCUAAGCAAACCCAAAACAUGGAAAUAGAUAAACCUCAAGAACAAAAUAAACAACACGACCUGCCUUUUCAAACGCCCAGGAAAUUCAGUUCGAAUUUUCAAAGGCUAAUCAGAGAAAAAACCAAGCAGACAAUGACCUCCACCAGUAACAAGUACUUACCACUCUCUGAUGAGUCAGAUUCCGACCUAGAUGACGAGAUCGGUAAAAUAGUGAAGAGGAAAAGGAAAAACACGCCGAAAGACGGCAACACAGCCAGUAAAAACUCAGAAAACCAGCCAACACAAACCACAGCCCCAGCAACUACCAAAAAGGCCCCACAAAAUAAAACUACCCCAGCCAACAACCCGAAAAAACCAACAAUGCCCCCAAUUGUUGUGGAUGGGAAAACCGUCAAUCAGUCUGCGCUGAUACAAGAUCUAAAAGCAAAAGUUAAGGGUAGUUUUAGCGUAAAACACACUAAUAAUUCUACAAUUCUAUUCGUAGACGAAAAGGACGAUCAUCUACGAGUUUUACAGAGCGUGAGAGAAGAAAACAUCUCACAUCAUACCUACACUAUUAACGAUGACAAGUCUCACGCUUUUGUAUUGAGAGGGUUAGCAGAUGGAACCAAAAUUCAGGAUAUAGAGGAAGAUCUAAUCGCUGAUCACAGAUCCGUCCUUGACACUGGAUUAUCUGAACAAAAAUGCAAGGAGGGUCCUGUAUACCCGUGUUAUAUGGGAACUUCGCAAGUCAACAAAGCAGAUAAUCCAGUGCCAUAA